AUGAACCAACAACCCUACAAUAAAAUUAUACGACCAGUUCGAAACUUCAAUGAUACGCUGACUGUCUUCUUUGGUCUGGGACUCUUGCAACUCAUGGAUGUGGUGAGUUGCAUUCAAAAUGGAGUCAGCUGAAGGUGAUAAUGCGUUUGUCUCUUAAAAUAUCCGGACAGCCUGUAAUAAAAUAAACAAUAUCGAUGGCGCUCGCGCGGCUCUGGGGCCACGCGACAACAAAAUUAUUGAACCGCUUUUAUUUAACCACAGACGUAGUCCCGGUCCUAACUUUUAUUAACGUUACUACUCAAACUUCUGUCAAGCAGCCAGGACGAAACCUAAAAUUUCAGUUAAUGAAACCGUUGAGUUCUUUGGUGCCGACCAGGAUAAUGUGAUGUUAGGUGUACGUCACUGUGUUUGCAGCUUGAAAUACCCCUUCAGUAGUCAUAGUACAAUGCAGCCAAUACCAGCGUAGGACAAAAUGAAGACCUUAUUUCCGAUUAUAAGGGCAAAGUUUCCAUUUGCACAUUCUCUUCGCUCGGGAGCGAAAGGGUUGAUGUGCUCGUCUGUAAAUCCUGUAACGUUUCACCAAAUUUGGCCUCUGAGGUGACUUAAUGACUACAGUGCCUUUUAUUUCGAACCUGUGAUAUACUCGUUCAAAAAAACUGGUACGAGAUUUCCUGACGUUUAAAAGCAGCAGACGGACCGAAAUAUUUAUCCGCCCUUCAUGCGGCGUGAAUUAGCAAAACAGUGACGGUGCACACUUUUGGGUUGAGUGACGUGUAGGUUUCGAGUUCACCAGAACCUAGAGGGCUGGUUCGAUAACGUUCAAGUUUGAAAACCUGGAUAUAAUGGUGGGUCAACAUUUGUAGACAGUUUUGACAUUCAGACAUCCAAAGACGAGCUUCAAGCAGAUGAACUCGUGGAUCUUGUUGUAAUCGAAUCUGUUAAUUGGUUGUCAGCAUCUUACACAGCACCAUAGGGAUUUAGAUAGAAACUGAUGAAAGCUUGCCCUUCUUCCUAUGGGCGUGUUGACGUGACCAUGAAAUUAUGUCCUCAGUGAAACUUUCCUUUGAGGGGUUCUUUGCACAUUUUGAAUGUACUUGGACUUCUUUUCUGAUAUCUUUCAAAAGGACGAAGUUAACCAGGUUAUUACUUCUAACGUCUUGGUAUCACUGGAAUGGACGGAUAUCAAACUGACCUGGCGACCCGAGGAUUUUGGAGGCGUCACAAACUUGUUCAUCCCAUCGGAGCUUCUCUGGCUGCCUGAUCUGCUAUUGUACAACAAGUGA